CUCGAUAAAGGUACCAUUGCUGUCUCUCAGCACCGUCCCAACAGCGAAUUCUUUGUUUUACUUUCGAAUGCGUUCAGAUUUGGGAGUAGAGGGGACUUCCAUUUGAUUGUAUCGAGUAUAGUCGGUGCACGAGACUCUCAUAAUUAUGGACUCUGUAGAUUCUUCAAUCGCUUCACCUGUGAAUGUAACCACUGCCUUCAAUGGCCUUGUCUAUUGCUAAAUUUGCUAUCCUCCUCUUGGCUUUCUUUCCAUUUCAACUGCCAUGUUCAAGUGCAAAAAUAUGGAUCAGAUCUGGAUACUGGUUCUCAGGCAGUGGUUUACCCAUCACAGAUAUUAACUCAGCUCUCUACACCCACCUUAUCUGUGCUUUUUCAGGCCUCAAUUCUACCACACACCAGCUUUCAAUCUCUUCGUCAGAUAACCCCUACUUCUCUGCCUUCACACGCACUGUCAAACUAAAAAAUCCAUCAGUUAUUACUCUUCUGUCCAUUGGUGGUGGCCUAGCCAACUACUCAGUUUAUUCAUCAAUGGUUGGCCGAUCCUCCCAUAGGAAGUCCUUUAUUGAUUCUUCAAUAAAAACAGCAAGAUUAUAUGGGUUUGAUGGCUUAGAUUUUUCUUGGGUUUCUGCAAGUGCUGGCUCAGACUCAGACAUGACCAAUAUAGCCAACCUUUUGGACGAAUGGCGAACAGCUAUAGAAUACGAAUCCAGAAACUCUAGCAAUAAUAGUACACAACUUAUUUUAACCAUGGCUGUUCGGUACUCACCAGAUCUUGAUGCUACAGGUUUUCCGGUUGAGUCUAUAAGGAACAACUUGAAUUGGGUUCAUGUAAUGGCAUAUGAUUACUACAAGCCCAAUGGGACGAGUCACACGGGUGCUCAUGCUGCUUUAUAUGAUCCAGGGAGUGUACAAAACACAGAUUAUGGUAUAAAUUCUUGGAUAAACAGUGGAUUAUCAGCUGACAAGCUGGUUUUGGGUUUGCCUUUCUAUGGCUAUGCAUGGACACUUGUGAACCCAAACAACAGUGAAAUUGGUGCACUAGCAAAGGGACCCGCAAUUACUGAAGAUGGGUCAAUGAGCUAUAAGGAUAUCAAAGGGUAUAUUCAAAGAUAUGGAGCUGUUUCAAUGUAUAAUGCAACUUAUGUGGUGAAUUACUGCACCAUUGGAUCGACUUGGAUUGGUUUUGAUGAUGUUGAGGCUGUCAAAAUUAAGGUUGCUUAUGCUAAGAAGAGGAAUUUACUUGGCUACUCUGUGUGGCAAGUCGCACAUGACGACAAUUGGGUGCUUUCUGAAGCAGCUCAAGAAAAGGAGAACGAUCAUCAAAACAAGCGGAAGCGGCCAUUGCUCCUAAUUAUUUUGCUUCCAACAACAGCAAUAGUACUUCUCUUACUAGGCUCUGGGAUGUUGUACCGACGGAGGAAAUUGAUUAUAAGCAUAUUUAAAGAUAAGAAUUCAGAGUCCAAAAUGGAAACUACUAUGGCAGCUGCUGCAAGUACAGAUGCUCCUAAUUUGCGAGUAUUUAGUUUUGGUGACAUUAAGGCAGCAACAAAUGACUUUUCGUUCGAAAAUAAGCUUGGAGAGGGUGGGUAUGGACCCGUUUACAAGGGUAGGUUGAAGGGACAUGAAAUAGCAGUGAAAAGACUUUCAAAAACUUCUAAACAAGGAAUUGAAGAGUUUAAGAAUGAGGUCAUACUUACUGCAAAGCUACAACACAUAAAUCUUGUGAGAGUUCUGGGAUUUUGCACUGAAAGAGAAGAAAAGAUGCUGAUCUAUGAGUACAUGCCCAACAAAAGCUUGGAUUUCUAUAUCUAUGAUCCAAUAAAGCGAUUACUUUUAGACUGGGGAAAACGUGCUCGCAUCAUUGAAGGGGUUACUCAAGGGCUCUUAUACCUCCAAGAUUACUCGAGAUUAACGAUAAUUCAUAGAGAUCUGAAACCUAGCAACAUUUUAUUGGACAACGAGAUGAAAGCCAAGAUAUCAGAUUUUGGAAUGGCAAGAACGUUUCACAAAGAUAAAUUUGAAGCAAACACAAGCCGAAUAGUUGGAACAUAUGGUUAUGUUCCACCCGAAUACGUAAAACAUGGAAUGUACUCUAUAAAAUCCGAUGUUUUCAGCUUUGGGGUUUUACUUCUUCAAAUCAUAAGUGGGAAGCAAAAUUCAUGUUUACAUGGUCCACUUGAAAACUUGAACCUUCUUGAAUAUGCGUACGAGCUGUGGAACGAUGGAAAAGGCAUCGAGUUUAUGGAUCCAACUCUAGAUGACACAGCUUCGUUGUGUAAGUUGAUGAGAUGCAUGGUAGUUGGCCUGUUAUGUGUCCAAGAAAAUCCGGUGGAUAGACCAUCCAUGUUAGAAGUUUCGUCGAUGCUUAAAAAUGAAACAAUGGCAAUUACUUCUCCCAAAAGGCCUGCGUUUUCUACUAAAAGCAAUGGAGAUGGAGAGAAUGCAUUCAAUCCACAGCAAGAAAAUUGGUCAGUUGAUAAGGCAUCGAUCACCCAAAUGGUAGCUCGAUGAGGGUUUAUCUUUUGUAACAGACAGGUUUAUAAGUAAGGUUGUCAAAACAAGUAUCGCAACGCGUAUUGUUUUUCAAAAAUAAUUUAU